AUGAGCAUGAGAGUUGCAAGCAACAGCAUUACAGGCAGCUUGCAAAACAUGAGCGGGAGCGAGGUCAAUGAAGACCACCGCCUACUUCAGCAUCCGAAGUUUAAGAAGUGCACCAAGGCCUGCGACAAGAAAGAUUUGGACUGCGUUAAACAUACCAACUCGGUCGACAGGAGCAACUUCAGCCGUGGAGACGAUUUACCCGACACCUGCGCCGACAAUGCGAGUCGUUGGCCCAAAUGGGAGGAUGCCACCUUUGACUUUGUGAUCGAUGAUCCAAACUUGCAGAAUUUGCAUUUGGGUGUGCACGACAACGACACGGGCGCCUUUAGUUGGAAGAAGGCCGAAAUCAUGCGCUGCUCGGAGAAGAAGCUGACAGCCCUGCUGGAGGGACAAAACCUGAUUGAGGCGUUGCCGGAGAUCUGGCUCCCGCUACACAGCGGCCUGGGGAAUUUGGUGCCCUCGGGGUCGGUGAAGGACGGCGAGAUGUCGCUGGAGACGAGCCGCUGCGGCUCCACCGACAGCGCGGACUACCACGACGCGCUCGACGCGCUCGACGCGACGCCCGCGGCGCCCGCGGGCGCUGGACGUGGCUUCGGUGGCCUCGGCGCGCGGCUGGGGCAAUUGGUUUCGCGAUGA